UUGUUUAUAAAUGUGUAUGUGUGUGUGUGACUGACUAAUGCAUUAGAUGUAAUUAUUAGAAUUAUUUUCCUAAAGUGAUUCUAUCCCUCUAAAAAUUAAUUACUCUUUUUUUUUUUUAUUUUUAUUUUUCUUAAUUUUUAUUUAUCGAGUACCGAAAAAAAUUAAAAUUUACUUUAAAAUUUAUACAAUAGUUAUAAAUAUAUAGAAUACGUGUAAUUGUACUUUAAUCUCCCUCGGUACACGGUGAUUGCAAUAAAAUAAUAAACAAGACUGAUUAUUAGAAAUUAUAUUUAAAUUAUUUAAAUAAUAAAAUUAUCCGGGUAUAAAUUAUAUCCAAAUAUUAAAACAAUAAGGCAUAUGAUAUUAGUGAUAAGGUAAACAACAACAACAACAACAACAACAACAACAACAACUACUUACUCAGUUAUGCAUCCAUCAUGACAUAUUAAAAUUAAAAAGCCAACUCCAUAAUAUUGAGUAAACACAUCUGUCAAAUUAACAUUUUAAUUAUUUAUUGGUUAAAAAUUAUUAUAAAUAAUUCAAGAAUAAAUAUGGAGAAUAAAAAUAGUAACAAUUUUAUAAGUUAUGUUGGCUUUGAGGAACAUGAAAUGCAGGAAUUAAAUUCAAGUAGAAAAAAUUCGUUGGAUGAAGGAGCAAUAAAAUUAUUACCUGGUGAAGUACUAAUUGCUGAGGCUCAAAGUGUUUUGAUGUAUUCACCAGUUGGUGAUUUAAAACAAGGAAUAUCAGGUGUUCUUUGUAUAACUAAUUUUAAAUUAGCAUUUAUUACCAGUGAUGAUAGUGAUGGCGAGGAAAUAAAUCGUCAACAAAAUCAUUUACUUGGAUAUAAUGAUUCUUGUUUAUCAAAUAUUGAUGAAAUAUAUUUAUCAUUGGGUGAUAAAAAAAGAAAAAUAACACCAGGAAGUCCAGUGCCUUCUAAAGUCAAAGGAAUAUUUAUUAUUUGUAAAAAUUUUAGAACAUGGUCAUUUUCAUUUAAAUUUUCACCAAUUGGACAUGGAAGAAAUAUAUUGACGACUUUAUUACAUCAUGCAUUUCCAAGCAGGCAUCAGCUUUUAUUUGCCUAUGAUUACAAAGAAGUAUAUUACAACAGUGUUGAUAAAAAAGUUAAAACAUUUCAAUCAAUGUUAGACUGGCAAACAGAAUUAGAACGUACAUCUAAAAAUAAUGAUCAUAUUAAAAAAAAUUGGAGAUUAUCAACAGCAAAUGCUAAUUUUUUACUAUCACCCAGUUUGCCACAGUAUAUAAUAGUUCCAGCAUCAGUAACAGACAAUCAACUUAUUGGUGCUGCUGCACAUUUUCAAGAAAGUAGACCACCUCUUUGGGCUUGGUCAAAUAGUACUGGUGCAGCACUUGUUAAAAUGGCUGAAUUAAUACCAACAAUAACUGAAAGAACUCAAGAAAAUAUUAUGCUUGAAAAUAUUAGAAAAAGUCAUCCACAAAAAACACCAAUGACUGUAUUGGAUUUAAAUAAAGAAAUUAAUGUUAAAUCUGUUGCUAUGGGUUUUUCAAAAUUUGUUACAUUAUGCUCACCAGAAAAUAUAAGACAAUUUUGGAUACAAGAUAAUAAUUUUUAUUCGUUAUUAGACAAUUCAAAAUGGUUGAAAUUUGUAUCAUAUUGUUUAGAAAAAGCAACUGAAGCAACUGAUAAUUUAAACUCUGGUACUUCUGUUAUACUUCAAGAAAGUGCUGGUAGAGAUGUGUGUUGUAUAAUAUCAAGUCUAGUUCAACUAAUGUCUGAUAAAUAUUUUCGUACAAUAACUGGUUUCCAAUCAUUGAUACAAAAAGAAUGGGUAACAUCUGGACAUCCAUUUUGUGAUCGUUUAGGACAUAUUAUUAAUUCAACAUCUGAUAAAUCACCAAUAUUUUUAUUAUAUCUUGAUUGUGUUUGGCAAUUGAUACAACAAUUUCCAUCACAAUUUGAAUUUACAGAAACAUAUUUAACAAGUCUUUGGGAUACAGUACAUGUAUCAAUAUUUGAUACAUUUUUAUUUAAUUGUGAACGUGAUAGAUAUUUAGCAGCAAUGGAUUCAAAUAAUCCAUUGAUACUUCGUAGUGCAUGGGAUUGGCAUGAACAGUAUACUGAUCAAGAUAUAUCAUUAUUUAAAAAUCCACUGUUUUAUCAAAAUGAUAAAGAUAUAUUAAUAAUAAUAAUACCAAAAUAUAAUAUAUCAAAUUUAGAAUUUUGGUCACAAAAUUAUUUUCGUUGGAUACCACCACUUGAAAUAAUAAAUGGUGGUAAAAAUCAUACUGAAUUAUUUACGCGUAUAUUACAAAGUGGUAUAAACCAAUUAAAAAUUGAUACCAAAGAUAAUUCAACAUUAAAUACAAUAAGUACAUGUAUGGUACAAAUGAAUAUUGAUAGUUUUUAUCCAUUUGGAUAUAAAAAAAAUGGCAAUACAAUUAGUACACCAAUUAUGAAUACAUCAAUGCUCAUGUCUGAAAGUUUUAUUGAUACACAAUCAAUUAUCACAGCACCAGAUGGAUAA